UUCCUAACCUAAAUCUUUUCACAAUAUGCACGUGUGUUGUAGAGGUUGUAGAUGUAAUCAAGUUGCUAGAAGAUGCAAUUAAAAAUGUCGAAGAAAUUUAAUAAAAAAGAAGUGCAUCAAAUGCUUGUAACAGAAGAUAAAUUUAUUUCGAAUAUAUUCUCUGUAAUGCCUAUGUCAACGUGCGAAUUAGCAAAGCAGAAUCAACUAAUAGAUGGAAAGGAAACGAGGGAAAAAGUCAAGUCUUUUGCUUCACCAGGCAAGAAAACGGGAAGAGUAAACUCUUUCGAGUUACAUGAAAAAUUAGAGAAAUUAAAAGGUGUAAAAAAAUUAGAUUAUAAACAGAAACUUCUUAAAAAAACAUUGAAAAACAGAAUCAAAAAGAGUUCAAAAAAGGAACAACGUUUGCUACAGAAAAAACUUGUUAAAGCAGAACAAAAUGCAACUGGAGACAAUAAAAUAAAGAUUAAUAAUGAGGAGGUGCCAAAAAUUCCAAAACCAAAACCAGUAUUUAAUUCGGAGGGUAAAAUGGUGUUUAGUAAGUUUGAUUUCUCUGAAAUUGGAGUAAAGAAAAAACUACCUAAAAAUCAGAAUGAUCCUAAAAAGAUUUUACAACAAUUACAACAAAAGAAAGAAAAAUUGAAGCAAUUAGAAAAUUCAGGCGAUAAAGAAAAAGCUGAGGAUAUUAAAGAAAAAGAUGCAUGGAAAUCUGCAUUGGCAAAAGCGAAUGGUGAUAAAAUUAAAGAUAAUCCAGAGUUGCUCAAACGUACUUUAAAGAGAAAGGAACAGAAAAAGAAACACAGUGCAAAUAAAUGGAAUUCUAGAAUAGAGAAUGUACAAAAAUCUAAACAAGAAAGGCAAGAAAAACGACAAGGAAAUAUUAUGAAGAGGAAGAAAGAGAAAAAAUUAAACAAAUUGAAAAAAGCAGCGAAGAAAGGACGUGUUAUACCUGGAUUUUAAUCAAUUAAACUAGUUAGCUGUACUUUCAUGAUGCGAAUUUACAUAAAAAAAUAAAGUGUAUGUUUAUUUAAGUUAUAUUUUGCUCUUAAAUUUUUUUUAUGUGCAAAAGUAUAUUAAAGUACACAUGCACAUUGAGAUUAUAUAAUGUGGAAACAUA